GAAUUAAAAAUGUCAUCCCGCACAAAUCCUCAAGCACAAAAGAGCACUUCAACUUCCUUUCUGGGGUUCAGAUCACCUUUUGCUUGGCUUUUCUCCUUUAGAAAAUCAAGGAAAAACCAGACUGAGAAGCAACCACGAUAUGACAUCCCUGCUAGCCCAUCUUCGAAAGCGGAAGAAAUGGCCACGACUGAAGUGUGUAAUUCCCCAAUGUCAGCUGAAACAAGUGGUCAUUCUUUUGAUGCAAACCAAAAUGAAAUGAUGGAGAAAAGUAUGCAGGAAUGGAGCGAACAGCUAGAGAAGGAGUUUUUCAGUGUUCUAAACGAUCUGGAUGACCAGCUGGCCCAGGAACAAGCCCAAGACCCACUGGACAGGACAGUUUCUACUAACAGUGCAUCCCAUGGCCAAUACAUUAGUGCAUUCCCUACUUCCAAAAGGCAGACUGCUGGUAGGGUGCAACAGAGAAAUGACUGGAGCGACAAGCCUAACACAUUUUUCACAGAAGGACUGAGAACAAUAAGAGCCAAAGAUGAACACAAGAUUUUUGUCAGACCCAGGAGAUUACGCAGUGCCUAUAUCAACUGGCACCAGACAGCCUUCCCAGAAGACUGCAGAUAUAGUGAUUCAGUCAAUGGGAAUCCUUAUCUGCCGAGCCGCAGGCUGUCCUCUGUUUCUUUCGGGCGGUCUUCAGAAGGUAGCUUAUAUCCUCCUUCUGUAACACAGAAUAGUGGAUUUAGGCACAGGACUUGUAUGAACAGAAAUACAACAGGCAGAAGUUACUCUGUGUCUUCCCUUCGGAGACGUCCAUCAUCAGGAUCUUCUGAGCAGCUGUCAGCAUCUCGUUUGCAUCAUCCAUUGGCAAGGGAGAGCAACAAUGGUUUCGUACCAAGGUUUGGUCGACAGAACCCAAAGAGAAUUCCUCUGUCUUCUAUUGUAUGGAACAACACACCAGACUCUCCUGGGCAAACAUCAGCUCAAGAAAAAAUGUUUAGGACUCAAUCGCUGAUGGAGUUUCCUGAUGCUGACCAUGGUAGAUAUCCUGGCUCUUUGCAAGAAACCAAGAAAUACUCAUGUUAUCACUCAAAGCACCACUACAGAAGAUCUAUUUCAAGCAGCAGUUGCUUUAGUAGAGUUAGUUGCCCUGACAGAGCUACUUCUCCACUGCCCUUUGAUAAUUGGGAAAAUUACCCUUUAUACAAGUCAGACAAUAAUCUCUCUAGAUCCUACUAUAGAGAUACUUCCUCUCAUGGCAAGUUGUAUGUGAACCCAAAAAAAUCUUCUUACGGAAGAAAAGACAGCUAUCCUUCUUGGACUGAUAUUCCACAGUACUACAAUGAUGAAGCAUUUAUUUCCCCUGAUGACAGCUUUGAAGUGUUUAUGGCUAAUUUAAAUGACCAACAGUGGGCACACACAAAGAGUGCAAAGUUUGGCUCACAGUGCCUGCAGAACGAUUUUAAUGCGAAUUCUCCAGAAAAUACAAAUAUUAGAAGGAUGACAAGGAGUGCAGAUAGACCAUUUUCAGAAUUCACUGAAUGCUGUCAGCCUUGGCAGAGCUAUAACUCUUCAGUUUCUUCAUCUGGUAUCAGAAGUGAUGAGUCAGUCUUUCCUAGUCUGAAGGACCAAAUGAAACCUAUAGGACUAAACAGGAAUUCAGUCAUUGUUACCCAGAGAGAUACUUCGGCAGACUUUACACAACUGGAAACUGUUGAUGGUAUGGAACUGCUGGAUGAAGGAAUGUUGUUACAGCCAGCUUCUCAACAAGCAGAUACAAACUACAACACUGGUAGUUUUCCCUCUAACAGCCCUGCUUCUGCCACGUUGCAAAGAGAUGUAUGUGUCUUUAACACAAUGAGGUCAAAGAGACAAACCCAAGUCACUAACAGAGGAGACACUGCAAAAAUGUAUACUCCAAAUGGUGAUAGAAGGAAUGUACAAAUGAAGGAAAACAAUUUCCCACCUCACAGUGUGUUCAGUCAGCCUCCCUGUAUAUUGCCAGCUGAUGAGAGCAGGAAAGAACCUUUUCUUCCAAGUCAGAAAGGAUGGGAACAUAAUCUGUGUUAUGCAGCAAAACCAGACAGAAUCAAACAGGAUAAUCGGAGUGCAGAAGCCAUUAACCAAGCUAUUCCAAAGAGAAAAUCCUCACUGCUCAAUGUUGCUUCUGCUGCAUCCACUGGAAAACUGGCAAGCUGUCAAGGCAUGUUGUCCUGUGCUCCUGAAUGCUCAUUGAGCUCCUCACAUAGCUCUCCACAAGCACUUUCUCAUAAAGACAACUGUAAAUGUUUAGGAACACUAACUAGCUCUUCAGUAAAUUACACAGUCGCUGAACCUCCAGCAGAAGAUGGGAAAACAGCUCAAGCGAGCAGAAUAGGUGUUAACAGAGAGAUUUCACAGAAAGCACUGCAAAAUACAGGCACUUCAGUUAGUAAAGACUGUGAUGGACAAUUCACUACUAGUUCUCAAAAUGGAAAUAUUUACACGCAUAGCUUUGAUGGAGACCCCAAGACGUCUGAACAUAGUUUGAGUUAUUUUUGCCUUGAAAAAGAAAGCGGAAAACUAAGGAGUAAUUCACCUUGCAUUGAAAGGUUUCACAAGCAAGACGGCUCACUGAGACAUAUGAGUAGCUGCAGCAUUACUGGCUCCCCCAGCCAAAACAGCCUCAAAUCUCCUGACUCACUCGUUGUUUACUACACUUUGCCUAGAAAAUCCGCUAGCAUUUCUGGUAGUAUUGUGUCAGAUACGCCCAUCUCUUUACCUAGAGAAAUGAGAGCAACACAUCAUUGUUUAAGAUCUGAAACGCCACAUAGAGCUGAUGCCUUUUGUUCUCAUCAAAGAGAUGUGUCUUAUUUAGACUCAGAACGUUCCUUUUUAACAGCAACAUCAUUAAAUGCUGCUGCAAGUAACAAAGGAAAAGAUCACCCCAGUCCUUUUAACAAAAGACCUAAUGAUUCACUAAGUAGUAGUACAUCAGUUGAACUGGCAGAUAGAUGCAAACAUCUGAGCAGGAGAGAAUCCUCUGUGUUUCCAGACUGUGAGGAGAGGGGAAAUGUUUUGCAGAAAUACAAAACCACAAGCACAUUCACAGUUUGUGUUGAUGAAGAUCAUGUCAAGUAUCAUGAGCUGGUUUCCAUUUAUUACACGUUACCACGGAGACAUUCGAGAACAUUUUGUAACCUCUUUAGAGAUAAUCCAGAGGAUACAGAUUUACCUGGUCCCAGAGAAAAUGCUGAGUCCCCAAGAAUACAACACAAGAAAAACCAAGGUCAUGUGAGUUUAGGAAAUAUUUUUUUCCCCAGUACUUUGGAAAAAGAGUUGCCUUCAUAUUCUUCUGACCAAGUAUCUUCAGCUCUGGUCACACCUCACAACUCAGGAACUGCUGUUGAUAGUAACAAGGAGAAUUCCCACUUACCUCCUAGCUCUGAGAAGAUAGGUACUUUAAAGUCAGUGAGUAUGGUACAUCAUAGGAAAGGUAGUUCAGCAGAUUUUUCAUUAGCAGAAAAUGGGCUUUCUGAUACAGUGACAAAAGAAAUUCCUUUUGGUGGUCCACAAUCCACUACAGUAGUGGCUAAGUCAGGUAAGGCCAUUUCUGAUGCUUCAAGCCAAAAUGCAGAAAUGUGUCUAAAAGAAAAGAAGGAAAUCUUACCAACAGCCCCACCACUAAUGCCCACUUUACCAAGCCCUCCCAAGCCAGGCAGAUGUUUAGAGAAUCCUUUAUAUUCACCAAAUAAAAAUAUUAUAUGGAAGGGAAACUCUGAAAACUGGUGUCAGCCUCCUAAAGUGAGCACCAAUAAAAAUCAGAACAGUUUACUCCUCCACCCAGGGGAAAAGAGUUCCCUUGGAAGGAAUGGGAACACGGAGCACACUGACGCGCCACUUCCUCCUGUGGGAGACACGUGCAGGGAUAGUACUGCAGUCAAACAGGAGGUAAAUUUGCUACACCAAACCACCCCUCUGUAUAAUAAUAAAUGUAGCAGACUGCCAUUAAGGGGUGACAGUUCAAGAAAAAAUGCAAUCUAUUUAAACUGCUGUAGCAAAAUGCUUUCAGAGCCUCAGAACAAAGCAUCUGAGGUAAUCACGGCUUCCUGUGCCGAUCCAUUGCUUCAGCUAGGCAGAGUGGUUAGCACAGAUACAGAAGGAUUAAAGAAUUCAAAAACAACAAGAGAGCAAAACUUGCAGAGUACUCAGAUGGGUGAAGAUUAUAGUGGUCUGCAGGAAUCAGAGAGGCACGCUGAAGGCAACUUGAACAUGAACUGUAAAGAUAAAAUCCUCAGGAUUACAACAGAUCAGAGAGUAACACAGAGCACAGGAGAUGAGAAUAAGUUUAUCUCAGACUGCACAAGAGACAAAGUCAAAGAUCUAGAAAAAAGGAAGAACAGACCUUCAAUUAAAAAUAAACUGGCAGCUGUUUACAAAACUAGUCGCAAAUACUCAAGUAAAAACUUGCCCCCCAAACCACACAUAAGUAACAUUUUUUCACAGAAUGAUGGAAGUGCCACUUCAGAGGUCGACAUGUCCCUUGACUCAUUGAUUUCAACAGAUGCCCAUCAGCCAUCCCUGCAGCUGGACAAUGAAAAUCAGAACCACAGUCUGGACCCUGAUAAGGAUAUGCCAAGACCAAGAACAGCUGAGAAUAAGAAGACUGAAAAUCAGAACGAUCCUUCUUUGCUUGUUAAUAACACCAACUGGAGGUCUCUUACAAGCUCGCACGCUCAGAAGGAAGCCAUAGGUCCCAACAAACCUACAGCAAAAGUGGAAAAUAGGCCAAGUCUUACAACCCUAUUUUCAGAUAAAGUAGUAAAAACAAGAAAUAAGAAUUCUGAAACACUUGAUCUCAGGUCAGAAAGCAAAAGCCAGCCCAUCUUUGCCAGUGCUACUACAUCAGAGCCACUGGAUGAUGAGAAGAGAAGAGCUAGCAGUCGUGCAUGCAGUCCUCCCUUGCCACUCUUAAGAGACAAAAACUCAAACGUGUAUGUAAACAACUGCUUGCAGGCAGGAGUGUGUCCAGAGCAAAACUUGACUUCCCAGACAAUGUUUGAUCAGUGUCAAAAUACCUCUCAAUCUACUAGCUUAAAAAAUGCCAACCUGCAAAGCUGUCAGCUGCGCAGGAGUCAUGCCAAAAGUCAGCGUGAGCGUCACCUUUCCGAGGGCGUGUGUCCUCGAGAUUCCACUGAGACUUUUGCCUCAGGAAGCAAUAUUCUAUCCAAAGAUGGUACACAUGGGAAGAGAUACAAAUCUUACUCAGAGCUGUUGUCUUGUGAUGAAAAUGAAAACUGGGCAUCAGAUGAUGAAAAAUGUUACAGCAGUAGAAAUUUGCUGUAUCCUUCUGUUGAAUUCGGUAUCUUUGGCAAAGAGCAACAGUUAGCUUUCCUGGAAAAUAUCAAGAGGUCACUCACAGAAGGGCGAUUAUGGAGACCUUGUCUUCUUAAUAACCCGGGUGCUCUCACAGAUGGAAAGCCCCCACCUAUAAACAGGGCUGAGCUUUUGAGCUCAAGUUCCACUGGGAGCAAAAUGUCAUCAACUGCUUCGUCCCCCCAAGAGCUGACUGCUACCUAUCAGGAAUACCCAGCGGCUUAUUCAGACUCAGACAGUGAUACCACCACUGAUGAUGAGUACUACCUGGAUGAGAUAGAUAAAGAAUCGGAGCUAUGAAGAGCACAUGGUACUAAGAGAGCACGGUAGCUCAGUUCUUUCUGGGCAGCCAAAACCAUGAAAGAUACUUGGAGCCAGUUCUUGUGCUGCUAUAAAUGGGUGUAACUUCCUUCAUUUUAAAGAAGUUAGUUAUGUGAGCUAAGCAUUUGACUUUUGUCAAGUAUGUAGCUUCACCACUGUUGCUUCUCCCA